AUGGCAUCGGAGUUCAUAGCAUUAGCUUCAUGUUGCAAGGAAGCGGAAUGGCUAAGGGAUUUGUUGAGAGAGGUUCAUGACAUGGCUUUGGCUUUGGCUUUGGCUGAUUACAUUGGAGUGAUGCUGAAGGUUCAGUGCCCUAUUGUUGAGAGGUUGACCAACUCUCUUAUGAUGCACGGACGCAACAAUGGAAAGAAGCUUAUGGCUGUUCGCAUUGUGAAGCAUGUCAUGGAAAUUAUCCACCUUUUGACUGACUUGAACCCCAUCCAAGUUGUUGUUGAUGCCAUCAUCAACAGUGGACCAAAAGAAGAUGCUACCAGAAUUGGUUCUGUUGGUUCUGUGAGGCGUCAAGCUGUUGAUAUCUCACCACUUAGGCGUGUUAAUCAGGCAAUCUAUCUUCUGACAACUGGAGCUCGUGAGAGUGCUUUCAGGAACAUUAAGACCAUUGCCGAGUGCCUAGCUUGCUGA